CGCGGCCGGACAGAGCGGUGCCCCCAGCCUGAGAGUCCCAGGACCUCACUUCCUGGAGAAUGGUCCAGAGGUCUCCCCAGGAACUCUUCCAUGAGGGCAUCCUGGCCCAGCCCCGGCCCUGGUGGAAGAUCCAGCUGUUCAUGUGGGAGCCAGUGCUGUUCGGGACCUGGGAUGGCGUGUUCACUUCCUGCAUGAUCAACAUUUUUGGUGUUGUCCUUUUCUUGAGGACCGGCUGGCUGGUGGGAAACACAGGCGUGCUCCUGGGCUUGCUCCUGGUGUCCUUCGUCAUCCUCGUGGCACUCAUCACCGUGCUGUCCGGCAUCGGCCUCGCGGAGCAUGGCGGGAUGGGCAGUGGCGGCGUCUACUCCAUGAUCUCCUCAGUCCUUGGCGGGCGGACGGGAGGCACUGUUGGGCUGCUGUACGUGUUUGGACAGUGUGUUGCAGGUGCCAUGUAUGUCACCGGCUUCGCCGAGUCCCUGUCGGGCGUGCUGGGCCUCGGGAGCAUCUGGGCGGUGCGAGUGGUUUCUGUGGCCGUGCUGCUGGCCCUGCUGGCCAUCAACCUGGCCGGGGUGAAGUGGAUCAUCCGCCUCCAGCUGCUGCUGCUGCUCCUGCUGGCCGUCUCCACCCUGGACUUCGUGGUGGGCUCUUUCACCCACCUGGACCCAGAACAUGGCUUCAUUGGAUACUCCCCAGAACUGCUGCAGAACAACACUCUGCCAGAGUAUAGCCCCGGGGAGUCUUUCUUCACUGUGUUCGGUGUGUUCUUCCCCGCAGCUACAGGAGUCAUGGCUGGCUUCAACAUGGGAGGAGACCUGAGGGAGCCCGCUGCCAGCAUACCCCUAGGCUCCCUAGCAGCUGUUGGCAUCUCGUGGUUUCUGUACAUUAUCUUCACCUUCCUGCUCGGCGCCAUCUGCACCCGAGAGGCCCUCCGCUCUGACUUCCUGAUAGCUGAAAAGGUGUCUCUGGUCGGCUUCCUCUUCCUGUUGGGCUUGUACAUCUCAUCCCUGGCUUCCUGUAUGGGGGGGCUCUACGGAGCGCCCCGGAUCCUGCAGUGCAUCGCCCAGGAGAAGGUGGUUCCUGUGCUCGCCUUUCUGGGGAAAGGGAAAGGGCCAAAUAAAACCCCCGUGGCAGCCAUCUGCCUGACCAGCUUGGUGACGAUGGCCUUUGUCCUCGUGGGCCAGGUGAAUGUCCUGGCGCCCGUCGUCACCAUCAGCUUCAUGCUGACCUACAUCGCCGUGGACUACUCUUACUUCGCCCUCUUCAUGGCCCAUGGCGGCCUCCCCCAGUCUCCCAGGCCGCUGCCCAAAGGCCCGGAUGCUCUGCGCCUGGGCCAGGACGGGGUUCCCAGCUAUGGCUCUGACACCCCGGCUGGCAGCCUCUCUGAGGGCACCCUGCUGGAGUUCACCAAGGGCAUGGAUCAGCUCCUCCAGCCGCUAGGGGGGCUCGGGAGUAGUCGGCGGGGGUCCGGAGAGGGUGACCGGAUCCCGAAGAGGCAGAGGAGCAAGUGCAAGAAAGGCACCAAGCGAACCCUUCAAGACAGCUUCCUCCUGGAGCCCAGGUCUCCUUUGGCCUUCCCUACGGAGGCCUCUGACAGGCCGCCUGCCUCCUCCUGUGGUGAGCAAGACUCCCUUCAGGACCAGCAGACAGCUAAGUGUGAACCACGUGACCAAGCUGUCCCUGGUCUGUGCACCCAGCCUAGGGUGAAUGGAGAAGAUUUCUUUCUGAAAUGCAGACUUCAGGAACAAGAGGUCCAGAGGAGACCAAGCGCUUUCUACACUAGGCUGUGUAACCCCUGGCUCUCGCUGCUAGGGGCUGUUGCAUCCUUUCUCAUCAUGUUUGUGAUCCAGUGGGUCUAUACCCUAGUUAGCAUGGGCGUUGCUGCCACUAUGUAUUUCUACAUUGGUCAGGCCAGUCCAGGUCUAUACCUUGGGUCAGCUUCAAACUUCAGCUUUUUCCGAUGGAUGAAGUCCUUCCUGAUCCCUUCCUGCAGGAGCCUGAGGUCCAGCCGGGAGCAGAUCAUCUUGGCGCCAUCCCCAGCCAAGGUUGACGUGGCAAUGACUCAGCUUACCCAGGACAAUGCAGACUUUGCCACCCGAGACCGUUAUCACCAUUCAUCCCUCGUGAGUCGGGAACAACUGAUGCCUUCCUACUAGAACCUUGCUGGACCCCGCCUUUCCAGGAGCCUCCGUGGAGAUGGGGGACCCAAAUCUCAGAACCUUUAGAAGAAACGUCAACACAGCUUCAGACACCAGAAAUCACACGCUGGUCAGAAGUGGGAGGUCUAUCCAGACGUUAGGUAUGGCCGUGGCUUCCACAUGUGCCCAACCUGAAGAGCCCACAGGCCACCAGGCUUAUCAGGUGACACUAAGGCAAUCAGAUGUGGGGAACCAAAACCAGAUUUCUUAUUGUAAGGGCCACAAUAAACACUUAUUUU